AUGUUGAAAUCACUUUUGAGAAUUCUCAAAAGCGAUUUCAACCCAGCUGGGCCCCAGGUGAGAACCCCGUCGCACACCUUUUUGAGUCAACUGGAUAAUGGUUUCCCUCCUUUUCUUUCUCGUCGCACCCGUCACCAGGCGCCGUUUCACGAGUACCUGAAGAACCCCAACCGAGUCUUUGACGCAUUCUUCCCGGACAAGCAGCGCUCUGAAAAGCUCUCCGAGGACGAAUGGCGGAUCCACAUGCUGCCAAUCACCUUCUUCCUCGUCACAGCGCGGCCAAUAGUGGACAUGCGAAUAUUCCUCGACCAACCCUCCCCUCUACUCGACCGAGUGCGAGAUGCCUCCUCCGUGAAGCAUGUCAUGCGCCUGCAAGCGACCAACUGGGAGCUCAAAGGAGUGGAUUACGACCCUGCCAACUUCUCUCUCGAUAUGGCGGUGACAGUUGGCAUGCAGGUGCCGCCCAACCUCUUCCUCGUGCCCCGCCAGUCUAUUGAGGCCGUUGGCAGUGCGGUGUUGCAGCAGCUGCUGGCAUCAAUGAAGGACAAGGUGAACAACCGAGUCCUGAGCGACUAUGCCAAGUUCUCUGCUGAGCGUGCCCGCUCCGCUGCCAGCUCCAGGCGCCUCCCCAACUCCAACGCCUGA